AUGGCUCAAGGGCAUAAUUUAUCUAUAGACACAAGUGCUGCAUCCCAAAGUCAAAUAAUUACCCAACUUGAAGAUGAUGAUAGUGGUCAAAUAUCUCCAGUUACCGAUGAAGAUAUCGAGCCUGGUCUAGUUUAUGCGUUACGUACUUUUACAGAAACAGUAGAAGGUCGAGCAAAAGUUGAAAAAGGCGAUUCACUAAUUUUAUUAGAUGAUUCGAACAAUUAUUGGUGGCUAGUUAAAAUCUUGAAAAAUGGUGAAGUUGGUUAUAUGCCUGCUGAAGAUAUUGAGAUGCCAUUUGAAAAAUUAGCAAGAAUAAACAAGCACAAAAAUGUUAACGUAAUAACGGACCAAGAAAAUAUCACCGAAUCUCAAUUUAUAGUUGAACCUGAAGAAUUAAAUGUACAACAUACAGCAAGUGCUACACCGACGUAUGAAAAAGUUGAAAUAACACCUAUGCACACCUCAAUAUCAACACAGACUAAUGAGAACAAUCAACAAAAUAAUGAAACUGAUAUCUCAACAAAUGUUGCUACCAGUUCACAAAUAAGUUCGCCUGAUGAUGGGUCUGUAAGUUAUAAAAUAAAAACGAGAAAACAAACUGGACUAUUUAAUUAUGAACAGAUAAAGAACUAUCCUAUAGAUUCGCCUAGUUCUACUUCAAAACCUUCUGAGAUUUCAAGUUCUACUUCAAAACCUUCUGAGAUUUCAAAUUCACCUCCUAAAACCAAUGAUAUGUCAUUAAUGUCAGAUUUGGUCAAGCCUAAAUUUUUUGGUGCUAGUUCUGGAAAAAAUAGUCCAAUUUCCGAUGACCAUCAUAAAAAUACAAUAAAGAAGGAUGAUAUUCCAUUUAAUUCCGUUAAACCACUAAAUAAUUUUUAUGAACAACUUCAAAAGGGUUCUUCAAAACAACCAUUUCAGCGUUCACUGAGUCUAAAACGUUCACAACAACAUACUGGUUCAUCAUCUAUUAAUCGAUCAACUACUGAUUCUACUUAUAGUGUUCUUCGUAUUUAUCCCGGUCAAAAUAUACAAACCGAUUUUAAAUAUAAAAUUGGUUUAUUAAGUCCAAAAACAACCACUAUAGCUUUUAUUAAACAAGCAAUUCGUCGAUUUAAAUUAAAUGAUGAUUAUUGGGAUAACUAUACUAUUUCUAUAAAAGAAAUAAAUAGUAAAGAAAGACAUUUAAUGCCACAUGAUCACCCUCUUGAAAUUUUUAAUUCGAUAUCUUCUUAUUAUUCAACUCCAUUACCAUCUGUUAAAAGAACUUCGACAAUAUCAAUUUCAUCAACUCUUUCUGAUAUAUCAAAUUAUGAACCAAUCAAUAAACUACCAAUACGAGAUAACCAAUGUACUGUUUUUCUAUAUUUAAAUAGAAAAUCAAAACAACUUAAAGAAAACACUACGGUUACCCAAAAUACUAUCCCGUCAACUGAGCUAUCAACUAAACAAAUGAAUACUGUUAUCAAAAAUACUUUCCCGUCAACUGAGUCAUCAGCUAAACAAACGAAUACUGUUAUCCAAAAUAUUCCAUCGUUUAAGGAAAAUAAUGAUUGGAUAUUAUCCAAUGACUUUGGAUUAAAUGAUCUUUUAGUCUAUGUUAGAUCUGAUUUAAACAUUCAAAAGAGAAGAAGCGGAUGGCAUCUCCAGGAUCCUGAAGAAAUUCUUGAUAAAGUUAAACCUACGGAAAUUAGAGAUGAUAUUAGAUCCAUAUUUGAAAGCGUGAGUAAUGAACUUGAUAAAUUGGAAUUGGAACUUAAUCAAAUAAUGCUUGACGUUAUAAGAGUUUUUUGA